CAACAACGUCUCUACCUCGUUAUCUGUAUGUUUGUUUGUGUUGUGUAUCAUCGGGAGGUGGUAGUUUUCGAAGUGUGUGUGUGUGUGUAAUGUAUGUUUUUUUAUUGGUCAGUGUAAAGUUAACUUAUAUUUUUUUAAUAAGCAUGUGCCUUUCUUCCAGUCCUCAAUUCUGGUGAUACUAGUUUAAUCUGAAACAAAAAUCAAUCAAUAAAAUGGCAAAUUAUAAAGCUAGGUUACAGCUAUUCACUGAACUGUUUGAGAAAGAUACCAUAACAGUGACAGAGUUGCAGAAGCUAUGUUUCAAUGGAAUUCCUGAUGGAUCAAGUUUUCGAUCAAUGUGUUGGAAAAUUUUGUUAAAUUAUUUACCUGUAAAUAAAGCUGAAUGGCCUGCAGUACUUUUAAAGCAAAGAAAUUUAUAUGAUCAUUUUGUAGAAGAAAUGAUUGUUACACCAGGAUCAAAAAAUAAAGCUGGAUCUCGUAUUGAUGUUACUUUAGACGACCAUCCUCUUAAUCCUAAUCCUGAUGGGAAAUGGAUGGCAUAUUUUAAAGACAAUGAAGUUUUACUGCAGAUAAAUAAAGAUGUAAGACGACUAUGCCCUGAUAUUUCAUUUUUCCAGCAAGCUACAGAUUAUCCUUGCGAAUCAAUAGUUGGGAAAAAAGAUGUUGAAUCUUUAAGAGAUAGAGUGGAACAAACAGUACUUAGAUCCGCAAAUGUUACCAGGAAUCGACUUGGUAUUACAAAUGUUUCAUUGUUCAAAAAAAGAGCACAGGAAGAAUAUCAGCAUUUAUCGUGUGGACAAGAAGCUCACUGGGAAGUUGUUGAACGGAUACUUUUCAUCUAUGCCAAACUUAAUCCAGGACAGAGCUAUGUGCAAGGUAUGAAUGAAAUAAUUGGCCCAAUUUAUUAUACAUUUGCUUCUGAUCCUGAUCCUGAAUGGAAAAAAUAUGCUGAAGCUGAUUCCUUUUUUUGCUUCACGAAUCUUAUGUCUGAAAUUCGAGAUUUCUUUAUUAAAACCUUGGAUGAUUCUGCAAGUGGUAUUGGAGCCAUGAUGAAACGGUUAAUGAAUCUCCUUCAAGAACAUGAUUUUAAUAUAUGGCAACGGUUACAAAUGCAAGAUUUGAAGCCUCAGUAUUAUAGUUUCAGAUGGAUUACUUUGCUACUCUCACAAGAAUUCCCCUUACCAGAUGUCAUACGUGUCUGGGACUCCUUAUUUGCUGACAAAAAUAGAUUUGAAUUUCUAAUAUAUGUGUGCUGUGCUAUGAUAUUGUGGCUGAGAGACAAAAUAAUGCAGGGUGAUUUCUCAGCAAAUAUGAAGCUGUUACAGAAUUUUCCAAAUGUAGAUAUACAUUGUCUUCUUGAAAAAGCUGUUGAGUUGCAACGGUGACAUAAGAAUAAGGAGUUUAUUAAAUCAUCAUUCCUGCCAUGACAGAGAACAAAUAUCCAGUGUUUUCUCGGUCUUUAAUUUAUGUUACAUAAAAUAUAAUCAAGAAAGAAGAUACGGUAAAUUAUGUUAACUAUGUUGUUAAGGGAUAGAUAGUAAAAUGUAAAAUAUUUUUAUAUUGAUUAUACAAUAUAAAAAUGAUUAUACAAUAUAUUGAUUAUACAAUAUAAAAUGCUGUGCUGCAAAAGUAUGACACUGUUGGAUCUGAAUAUGAUGCUAUUUUCUCUGUGUUAUCUUUGGCAGAUAUCUACUGUAAAAACAUUAAAUAAGUGUAAUGUUGUCA